AUGCCGCCAAAGAAGCAGCAGCAAGCAAGCUCCUCGAAAGUCAAGGAGGACAAGACUUUCGGGAUGAAAAAUAAAAACAAAUCCUCCAAGGUCAAGCAAGAAGUUGCGCGAAUUCAGCAGCAGUCGGCGUUGGCCGGUAAAUCGAAAGAGACCCUUGCCAAAGAGCGCGAGAAGGAACUGCGGGCGAAGGAGAAAUUGCAGGAGGAGAAAAGGAAGAAGGAGGAGGCUGAGCUGUUCAAGCCCGUCCAGGCCGUGCAAAAGAUUCCGUUCGGUGUCGAUCCCAAGACUGUGCUCUGCGUAUAUUACAAGGCGGGCCAUUGCGACAAGGGCAACAAGUGCAAGUUCAGCCACAACCGCGAUGUCGACAGGAAGGUCGAGAAAAAGAACCUCUACGAGGACAGCCGGGAGGAGAAGCUAGCGGACACGAUGGACAAAUGGGACCAGGAAAAGCUACAACAAGUCGUUCUUUCCAAGGCCGGCAACCCGCGGACGACGACCGAUAUCGUCUGCAAACAUUUCAUCCAGGCCAUCGAAACACAGCGAUUUGGGUGGUUCUGGGAAUGCCCCAACGGCGAUCAGUGCAUGUACCGACACGCUCUACCGCCUGGAUUUGUGCUCAAGUCAGAGCGCAAGGCGGCAGAAGAAGCGGCCAAGGCAAACGUCAUCUCACUGGAAGAGUUCCUCGAAGUCGAGCGUCACAAAUUGGGCUCCAAUCUUACCCCUGUCACCCCAGAAACUUUCGCGAUCUGGAAGAAAACAAGAAUGGACAAGAAACUGGCCGAGCAAGAAGCCCUGAAGAAAGCGAAAGAAACGCAGAACGCUGCGGGCAAGAACACUGGGCUCAGUGGACGAGAUCUAUUCGAGUACAACCCAGAGUGGUUUGAAGAUGAAGAGGAUGAGGAGGAUGACGGGUGGGAUUUGGACAGGUAUAGGAAAGAAAAGGAGGACGAAGAUGCCGCAGAGGAGGCAUUACGCAUCGCCAAUUUGUCUCUGGUGGAAGGCGUGCCAAUACCAGACAACGGACAAUAG